AUGGGGUUUGAAACAAGACUUAUUAUUAUUAGUUUUGUAAUGCUCUCUUGUUUAUUGAAUCCUUCUACCCAGCAGCAGCAGCAGCAGCUUGAUGACAUGUUUGAAGAAUAUGCACUCAAUUCACUACCAACACGUCCUCAAACGGGUGUUUUAUAUAACGCCUCCUCAUCUUUGCCUUCCAAUUUUACAGGUGUACAGCUUUCAAUGGUUCGACUAAGAUGGGAUAGUUUUUGGCGUAAAGGGGCCAACUAUAGCGGCUUCCUUAUGCCACCACGGAUAUUCGCCUACCCAUUUUUCACAAGGCUAGAUAUUGUCUAUUCAAAUUUAGGCAAUCAAUCGUCUUUCUACUACAACGUCCCAAAUCACACCCUUGUUGCUCCUGUCGUCGGUUUUAAUAUCUACGCCUCAGGGAAUUUGACCAAACUCAACCUCACUCUCUUUGGAGGCCCCAUCUUGGUUGAGUUUCCAGUCCCACAACAUGAAAAGGCAAAGUGUGUCAUGUUUUACUCAAACGGAACGUAUGAAAUGAGCAACAUGACCACCCAAGAAAACAUGUGCAGCGUGCGAGACCAAGGACAUUUCUCGAUGGUGGUACCACAGGUACCAUCAAUACCAAUUCCGGAAAAGAAGGAUAGAGGGAAGUUGUGGAAAUGGUGGGUUUUCGGAUUUGCGGUAGGGGUUUUGGGAUUGUUGUUAGUUGGGUUUAUUGUUUUUGUGUUAAUUAGAAUUUUUAGAAUGACAAGUAUUGCGAAGAUGGAAAAGGAAGCUGAAAAAAAUGAAGUUUUGGGCACAACAAAUGUUGGUCAAAGUAAAAUGCCUUUAGCCACGGUUGUUAGAACACAGCCUACCAUUGAAAAUGAUUACGUUCCAUAA